AUGGGUCGUCCAAAUAGAACGACUCUUGCGUGGGCAGCGACGGUGCUGGCCAGUGACGUUACCGUGGACCGCGGUCUGCGCGAAGGCGGGUCGCCAUGGCUGAUCCAGGCAGCCGGGAACUUGAAGUCUGCGGUGUUGCGUGUAGCGCCGCUGUCGAACGCCGAGCAGGUUAGGACUGAGGUUAUCGCGAUGCGGCACGCGGCGACCGCUGGGCUGCCGGUGCCGGAAGUCCUCGGCCAUAACGGCGGUGCCGCGACUGGAUUCGCGCUCGUGUUAACGUCCUACCUGGCGGGUUCCAGCCAGAUUCCGGUAGAACUCGACAACAAACGACUGCGGACGCUGGGCGCUACCGCCGCGCGGAUUAGCGCCGUGGACGUUCCAUGUCCUUCUCUGGUAACCUUGCCAGCGCGGACUGGACCGAUUGAAGACGUGGACUGGGCCGCAUUACGGCGAAAGCAUGGCGCUUCGCCAAUGUUACGAAGAGCGGCAGAGGCUAUCGAGCGUGCCAAACCUGUCGACACUAAGGUAGGGUUUGUGCAUGGCGAUCUAUGGCAUGGCAACACCCUAUGGGACGGUACAGAGCUAACUGCGAUUCUCGACUGGGACGCUGCCGGAACUGGCUCUCCAGGAAUUGACUUGGGGUCGGUCCGCUGCGAUGCUGCUCUCUGCUAUGGCCCGUCCGCUGCGUCGGCGGUCCUGUCUGGAUGGGAAGGCGAAGCUAGCCGUCCCGCGCCGGACGUGGCGUACUGGGACGUGGUGGCAGCCCUCGCCAGCCCGCCUAAUAUGGCUUGGGUUCGGCCCGCGAUGGCGGACCAGGGCCGUCCUGACCUAACCGCCGCGCUGCUUACCGAACGGCGCGAGGAGUUUCUUAACCAGGCUCUAAGGCAGUUGGAGCAGUGA